AUGGAAGGUGAGCGUUCUAAACGACCUAGGCACAUCAAGUCGUCGGCCCACCAUCGUAGGUCCCCAUCGCCUCUGCUUAGGUCCCUGUCAGCUCCGCCUCCAUCUCCACCAAAUCCGACACAUGGUGGUGUGGUUUGUCGCGACCCAAUUCAAGUUGCCAAACUUGAGGCCUUUCUCCAGCGCGCACAUACUACCCAACAAUUUUCGCAUGUGCCAUCUCUCCGUGAGUUGCACAUCUAUAAUCAAGUCCACACCUUGUUCCGGAACAUUGGAUGGCAAGGGUUGUUGCAGGUCCACGAGCUCAGUUACAAAGUCCCGACAGUUGAGUUCUUAUCUUCACUUGAUUUGGACCAUGGUGUCCUACGUUUCCUGCUUAUGAACCAAGAUCAUGCCUUGUCCCUAGACCAAAUCAAUGUCAUAGUUAGGUCCCCCCACAGAACACACCUUUGGCCCCAAUGA